AUGGCGUGGAGGGUUUUCACAUCACCGCUUGUCAACAAAUUUCAGUUGUACAACAACAAUCUCGCCCCUUUCUUCUUACACUGUUGUAGCUUGAAUUAUGUUAUAUGCAAUUUCAAAGUUCCUUCGACACUAGCCUGCCAAACCUUUCAUUCAGGUCCAUUUUUAAAGUUUAAUCAUGGUGCUAAUGGUGUUAAUGGUGCUAAUGGUGAUGUGAAAGUAAUGAGGAAUAAACUCAAGGGUAAAAGAGGUGUUGUAAGAUGGCUUAAGUUCUUUAGGUUUAAGAAGAAGAAAGAGUUUCAAAGGAUGACUACAGAGGAAAGAAUUUUAUACAAGCUAUUCAAGGCUCGAAAAAAAGAAGAGAAACUCCGCGAAGCUUUGAGGAAGAUUGAGCCUACAGAAUCAUCAGAAACAACCCAUGAUCCUGAGAUAUUGACACCGGAAGAGCACUUUUUCUUCUUAAAAAUGGGUCUGAAAAGCAAAAAUUACGUGCCAGUUGGUAGAAGGGGAAUUUACCAAGGUGUAAUUUUGAACAUGCAUUUACAUUGGAAAAAACAUCAAACUUUGCAAGUGGUGGUGAAGACAUUUUCAGCGGAGGAGGUUAGGGAGAUUGCCACUGAGCUGGCAAGAUUAACCGGAGGUAUAGUGCUUGACAUUCAUGAAGAUGACACAAUAAUAAUGUACAGAGGGAAAAAUUACUCUCAACCACCAACAGAGAUAAUGUCUCCACGAAUCACUCUCUCAAGAAAGAAGGCAUUGGAUAAAUCAAAAUAUAGGGAUGGCCUCCGAGCUGUGAGGAGAUAUAUUCCCAAACUUGAGCAAGAGCUUGAAAUUCUUCGAGCACAACUUAAAAGCACAGGGGAAAGUAACAUAGAAGCAGCAGAGGGAAUUCAAAUAAGUGACAAAGCGAGUGUUGAACCAACUAGUGUUUCAAAUUUCCAAUUAAAGAAAAUCGGUGCGAUGUUUAAUGAUAACAAUGGUUGCUCAGAGGAUGAAGAAGAUCUGGACUCUGAUUUGGAUUCGUAUUCUGAUAAAUUAUCAGACAUCUUUGAGACAGAUUCAGAUACAGAGAACUUGGUAAGGGAGAAGAAACCUCUUUAUUUGGAUGAGUUUAAUAAUUUUCCUGAGCUAAGUGAUGAAGACACAGAUGAUUUUGAAGAGCAUCUGCAACAAAUAUCACUCAACUCCAAAAAUAUGGAAAAAGAUGCUGCUGACUCGCCCAAGUUUGACGAAGUUGACCGGAUUUUUCUGCGUGCUGCAUCAUUUUUAAAGAAAAAGAGAAAUUGA